GACGGCAACACGGACAACUGCUGCCUGUGCAACCAGGGCGGCAGCCUGCUGUGCUGCGACGGCUGCCCGGCCUCCUACCACCUGCGCUGCAUCGGGGAGCAGGCCAAGAGCCUGCCCGAGGGCGAGUGGCUCUGCCCCGAGUGCGCCCUCGGCGGCCGCGGUGCGCGCCCCUCUCUGUACUCACACCCAGCAUGCAUGAUGAUCGCUGCUGCACAUUAG